AUGGCACCAAGUUCGAGUUCUAAUCGCAUGGAUGAGCGCACGCCUCUGAAACAGGAAUCACCCAGCAAAAGAGACGAAGAGGCAUUGAUUUUAACCGAAUCUACCACGGAAGGACUUGAAUACGCUGUUGAACAAACCGGCAUUAGUAUUGUUCGGAAUGUCAUAGAAGAAGAGGACGAGGGGCAGGAUAGCAGAGAAGUAGAUCAGCAAUCGAGAUGGUUACAGGAAUCUAGAGAAAAACAUGCUAGCUUGCAUUGGUUAAGGAGACCCGGUCUUGCCGUCGUAUGUGGCAUGCUUACAAUUAUCUCAUGUGCAGAAACGAUGAUUAUGUCGCCGAUAAUCGUGCUUUCCUUGCGGAAAGUGUGCGAAAACGCGGCCCCAAUAACGGAUAUCGAUGGCUCGAAGCACUGCGAUUCGGGGCAGGCUCAGAAAAUUUUCUCUGAGAUUACAGCAUUGGUUUUGGUAAUCUCUGGCGUCUGUGGAACUCUCGUUUCCGGGAAACUGGGCGAACUUUCGGACAGGUUCGGAAGACUUUUCGUCUUCCGUUAUCUUACCGUGGUAAGGCUACUGGCGACGUUGUUCACCCUAUACACGGUGCUUCCCAGCACUCCGUAUUCGAGAACUGCUAUGACAAUGGCCAACUGUACGGGCGCCUUGGGGGGCAAUCUACUAGCGCUGGUCGCAAACGGGAAUAGUUAUAUCUCGGAUGUCACAGAGCCCGGUGAAAGGACUGCUGCUAUCAGCAUUCUUAUGAGCUGUCUAUAUGCUUCAUUUGGCCUCGGCCCAAUUUUGGGUUCGCUUGCAACAAAAGUAUUCAAGACACCAUUUACGCCCUUCUAUACCGCUGCCGUUCUUAUGAUAAGUUGCCUUGUAGUCAACAUCACGAUGAUGACGGAGCCUAGACAUGUGAACGCUUUGGAAAAAUCGCAGCACGAUUUCAGAAAGAGAAAGCAGAGUUUCGAAAGUAUGAGAUCAAGUCACAGUACCUCGUCUGCCAGAAAUGAGGGCCGGUAUCGGUUGAUGCAGUUUUUGGACCUCCUUUCGCCUCUCAAAAAAGUUUGGCUACCUCCUUCCGCCAAGGGAUCAUUAAUUCCUAGAUUCACGGUUAUAACUCUCUUAGUGAUGGACAUUUUCUUUGUCGUCGCCUCCUCGGGCAUGAUGAACCCCUUGAUUUUGCUAGCGACCUAUUUGUACAAUUGGGAUUCGGUAAAGCUUGGAAAUUUCAUUUCCUUCGUCGGAUUCGGUAAAGCCGCCAUUCUGCUUAUACCGGGACCACUUGUCCUGCACUGGUUGAAAAAGAGGCACACAGUACUGGACAAAUCAGUUGAUUUUAUAGACCUCACAGUACUCAGAAUAUCUUCCUUUUUCGUGGUUCUCUCUGUGUUCUCUGUGUUCAUGGGGUCUCAAGAAUUCGCCAUUUACCUGUUUGCAUUUUGCCAAAAUCUAAGCGCACUUUUAUCGCCCACGAUCCAGGCCGCGAUCAUUAAGUACUGUUCGCCGUCGUCCUUGGGACAAGUUUUUGGUGCCAUAGCGCUAAUCCGCAAUUUAUCGAGCCUCAUUUUCCCUCCGCUCCUGUUGUCAAUCUAUUCAAGAACAGUCACUACCAAUCCGAAGCUGUUUCUUCUUGUACCCUUGGUGAUGUCUGCAGCGUGUUUCGGCCUCUGCUUCUGCCUCAGAGUAGUGCACGAUACUGCACUUCUUCGUCGUCCCUCUGAGGUGUCCGCGACGCCGGCCACCCUCGACAUCUCUUCAGACAGAAGGCCGUCUACGGCCAAAAGUCUGAGACAGCCCAGGCCCUCCGCAACCGCAUGA